UUGUUGCUUUGCCACAUCAUCUCAUCAACGUACUUGUCUGUCUUAGUUUGCUUAAUUGGCUUGCCUUCCAUGGCGCAUUCUCACGUCAUAGCUGCACUUGUGCUUGUGCUGGUGUUUGCUGGGGUUGAGCUCUCAACUUGCACUGUCUUAAAGGGCUCUGUGAGUUGCCUCGACUGCGAACAGGAUCACGAUCUCUCUAAUAUCAAGGUUGCAGUGAAGUGCAGCCAAGUGAAGAAAGUAGCCAUGGCAACCACAGUCCAAGAUGGAGCCUUCGAGACGGAGCUUCCUGGUGAUCUAGACUCUCAGCAGCCUUCAGCUUCCCUGGACUGCCUUGCCCAGAUCACCGGCGGGCCGAUCCAGCUCUACGUCUCCAGAAAGAACAGGUUCUCCAGCGCCGUUAAAAUCGAUGAACAUUCCUUCAAAACCUCAGCUCCACUCAAGUUCUACACAAAAUGCCCAAAUUCGGCCGAGAAACAUGGCAAAUGCGGAGCCCAAAAUCAAGGCAAUACUGUUUGUUCAUCCAAGAUUCUGGGUAUGCCAUUGCCACCAGAAUGGGGACUGGCUCCACCCAGUUACUACAUUCCUUACAUCCCCAUCAUAGGCAUACCAUGAUACAUAUGUGUGUGUUGCCAUAAAUGUCUGCUAAAUUAAGGUUAUUAAUCUAGUGUUUAGGUGUGUAUUGAUUGUGUAAUGGAUAAGAAGGGUGAUGAGCAGUCUUGCUCUUGAGUCCAGUUGCUUUUCAUAAUGGACCAUUUUACAGGUAGCAGCAAGGACCAGUAUAUCUUGCUUUGAAAUGGUCUUCGUUGUAUUUCUCUCUCUAUUUAUAUACAUAUAUAUAUAUAUAUAUUUGUGUGUGUG